CCAUUUCAGUGUUCCAAAUGCGGCAAAGCUCUCAGUACAAAGGCAAACCUUAUCACACACGAGAGGGGUCAUACAGGAGAGAAGCCAUUUCAAUGUUCUGAAUGUGGCAAAGCUUUUACAUCAAAGGCACAGCUUACCAGUCAUAAAUUGGUCCACACUGAAGGCAAACUGUUUCAGUGUUCCGAAUGUGACAAAGCCUUUCUAACAAAGUCGCAGCUUAUCAGACACCAAAGAGCUCACACCGGAGAGAAGCCAUAUCCAUGCCCAAAAUGUGAUAAAGCUUUUACACAGAAAGCACGUCUCAUUAUACACCAAACGGUUCACACCGGAGAGAACCUCCAUCAGUGUUCUGACUGUGGCAAAGCUUUCGCAUGGAAGUCGGCUCUUAUCGUGCACCAGAAGGCUCACCAUUUAAAAAAGCCAUAUUAUUGUUCCGAAUGUGGCAAAGCUUUUACAGCCAAGUCACUGUUUAUCCUACACCGGAGGAUCCAUACUAGAGCUUUUUCAUGGAAAUCAAACCUCAUCACCCACCGAAGAGUCCACAAUGGAGAAAAGCCAUAUCGCUGUUCGGAAUGUAACAAACAUUUUAGAGAGAAGUCCAACCUUAUUAUGCACCAGAGGGUCCACACUGGAGAGAAGCCAUAUCAGUGUUCUGAAUGUAACAAGGCUUUUAGGGUGAAAUCUAUGCUGCUCAGGCACGAGAGGGUCCACACUAAAGCUUUUACAUUGAAGGGAAACCUUAUCAUGCAUGAAAGGAUUCACACCGGAGAGAAGCCGUACAAGUGUUCUGAAUGUGACAGAGCUUUUACGGGGAAGGCUGAGCUUAUCAUACACGAGAGGAGCCACACCGGGGAGAAGCCGUAUCGGUGUCCUGAAUGUGACAAAGCUUUUAAAAGUAAGUCCGAUCUCGCCAAUCACAAGAGGGUUCACACCGGAGAGAGGCCGUAUCCGUGUUCUGGGUGUGACAAAGCAUUUGCAAGGAGGUCAAACCUUGUCAAACACCAGAUGAUUCACACGAGAGAGAAACCAUUUCAGUGUUCCGAAUGCGGUAAAGCUUUUAUAGUGAUGUCAGGUCUUCUCAGACAUAAGAAGGUUCACGCUGGAGGAAAACCGUACAUAGAGAAGCCUUUUCAGUGUUCUGAAUGUGACAAAGCUUUCGCCCAGAAGACACAUCUCAUCAGACACGAGAAGCUUCACACCGGAGAGAAGCCGUUUCAGUGUUUUAAAUGUCAUAAAGCUUUUAUACAGAAGACACACCUUGCCCGACACCUGAAGGUUCACGCUGGAGAUAAAUCAUGUUCUGAAUUCGACAAAGCUUAUCGGGCACUGGAGGGUUCAUCCUCAGCUGCAGUAAAGGAGGAGACUCUAGGAGAAGGAUGGUAUUAA